UUUGGUUAUGAGCAGACGUCUUUGCUGCAGCUGUGUUUCCAAAAACAUUGACGAGUCGUGUUGGUUGAUGGAUAAACGAGACUGAUUGCUUUUUUAUUAUUAUUAUUACUACACAGGAGAAUAAUUCGACAAGAGAACAGAUUUUUUAUCCAAAAAAGAGACAUGAAGAGCCACCGGGAGGACAUCAUUUUUCAGGCUUUGUUGUUAAUCCACAUUUCUGUCAUCCUCCUCUUCACUGCAGUGCAGGGCCAAUCGGAUAGCAGCAGUAUAGUACCCGGCUACAAUGUGAGCGCCCCGGCCGGCUCGGCCGUCACGUUGCAAUGCAUGAGUGGCCGCAUGGUGUGGACCAGGGACAACCUGAGAGACAGACAGAGGGUGGUCCACUGGGACGUGUACCGGCCUCACGUGGACAACAGCAUGGAGAGAAUAUUGGACAUGUACUCUGCAGGAGAGCAGAGGAUAUAUAACUCCUACAACCUGAAACGAGUUGGCCUUAGUCAGAGAGCCUUCAAGGAUGGGAACUUCUCCCUGGUCAUCAAAGAUGUGACGAUGAACGACAAAGGUCUGUACUCUUGCAAUCUCCACCAUCUCUACUGUCACAUAUACGAGACGGUCCGAGUGCAACUGAACGUCACCAAAUCACGUCGUAAAGAGCAGCGCUUCUGGGACGGCCACAAAGCGGUGUUCGUGGUUCUGCUGGGCAGCACCGCGGUGCUGCCGUGUGUCAACAGGAGGAACGUGUGGACAGACUGGAGCAACGAGGAGGAGGAUCAGCAGGUGGUCCACUGGGACCGUCAAUCUCCUGGAAUCCACCACGAUCGCGCCGACCGCUUGGUGGACCUGUACGCCUCUGGAGAACAGCGUAGCUACGGACCCUUGUUCCUCAGAAGAAAGAUGAACAUCAGCAACCAGGCCUUUACGGAGGGAGACUUCUCACUCACCAUAUCUGACUUGCAGGCCACUGACCAGGGGAUGUACUCAUGUCACCUUCAUCAUCAUUACUGUGGUUUGCAUGAGAGGAGACAAUUCCAGGUCACCGUGGAACCGCCGGUGAUUCACGCUACCGUCCCAGCCAAAGCACUGCCCAGUGCAGACAAAGAUGUUAUUAAAGCAGAGUCGCCACGGGUUAUCAAUGUCGUGAUUCCCGAACAAAGACAUAACUUUCUCUUGCCUCUGGGAUUCGUCCUCACCGCCUUCCUCCUCCUGGCGUUUGUCGUUCUCAUCAUCAUCCUCAUCACACGCAGACGUAAAACAGAGUUGUAUUCAGUGGAAUCAACCAGGUCCAACAGAAGUCACAGCAGCUCGGAGGAGUUUGAGAUGGAGGUCACAGAGGCGGCGCUGCCCAUCAGGGAGCUGGAUGACAGACUUGACUACAAAAACAACCUGCUGAAAGAGGUCAACAUGAACACUUCCAGAAAAGUCAUUGAUCUGGAUGAAGAGAUGCAGAAGUGCCGCAAGUGAGAGAAAUGACUUUAGGGUCACUGGCUGGUCCAGAGGCUGUUCAAUGCCGGGGAUUCUGACGACACAGAUGUGUGGCAAAAAUGACUCCAUCCAAACCACACAUAAAAACAAGCCUUCUUGUUUUCUAAAGGCACAAAAUGUUCGAUUCAUCAUGCCAUGUUACUACAAACUGCAACAGUGCCAUCUUUCUGUUAUUAAAUGUAAGUGCAGUACUGUAUUUGAAAAGGCACCUGACUAAGUUGUAAAGUACUGAAUGAACGUUUCUGUUACAGCUUUGAAAUAUGUCACUUAACGUUCUGCUGUUGUUUUCUGACACGUAUCGGAACUAAAGCAACACUGAACUUGCUUUAACAUAUAGUAGCAAAAGUCAAUACUGUACUGUACACGUCUCAUGCGUCAGUAUGAAUAAAUGUAGUGAUGUAUAUAGUCCAAACGACAUAACAGGACAUGGCGUCAUGAGGACCUCAUAUCGUCACAUGUUGGUCAGAAAGUAAAUGUACAAGCUUAUGCUCUUACGGGUCACAGUUUAGCAUAUCAGCUAUCUUACUGUGACCCCUAGAUGUCUCCAAACAAGCAUGUUUGGUGGAAGCGAACUGUUUAAUCUAUAUGAAACAGUGGUGGAUCUGCUAGCAGGGCCAAGAACCAAUAGUAGUAUAUUUUGCCACGUGGCAUUUUUUGGUAGGUAUAUGGCAUCUUUUUGGGGUAUAUGGCAGUUUUGCAGGCCAUGCACGUCCAAAUUUUAUAUUCGUGGUCAAAAAUCAAAGCAUUUAAAAUGAAUGGAAAAUUUGGACGUGCAUAGUCGUCAAUGGCAUAGCCUGGCUUGGGUGUCUGUUGAAUGUCAAUGCGGUGUAAUGGUAAGUGGGUGGCCAAAAAUUACAGCCACACGUUUUUCUGCCACUUAAAAAUAAAUGGAAAAAAGGCAUGGAUGUGCAUGGCCUGCAAAACUGCCAUAUACCCUCAAAAAAUGCCAUAUAACCAUCCAAAAAAUGCUACAAACCAAAAUCCAUUUUGCCAAAUACCCCCCAAAUAACGCCACGUCAAAAUCCAUUUUGCCUCAUGAGAAAAAAAAUGGCACAUGGCAAUGCCAUUUAAAAUGAAUGGAAAAAAAGACAUUGAUGUGUAUGGCCUGCAAAACUGCCAUAUACCCCCCAAAAAUGCCAUAUAACUCCCCCAAAAAUGCCACAAACCAAAAUCCAUUUUGCCACAUACCCCCCCCCCCCCCC